AUGUUGAAUCGAGCAGCGUUGCAGGUCGCGUGCUGCCAGAACAACCGGCGAGUGUUCGACUUCCUUGUUGCGGGUCACAUGUGCGACGAGCUGCUGAAUGCACCCACACAUUACCGGCCCAUCAUGUCGGCGCUGCUGCUGGCGGUGAAGCACGCCGGUGUGGAUACCACCAGGCGAUUGCUGGAGUUGGGCGCGCAAGAGAGCAAAGCCGGUCUGAACUUUUCGCCCCUGCAUGUCGCGUGCAAU